ACAGAUCCCCCACUAUGGGACAGGAGGAGCCACCCGGGGCCUUUGACUUCGGGGUCCUGCGCACCCCUAAGGGGCUGCUGCUUGGGGCCGAGCUGGUGCUCUGUGGGGCUGUUGUGGGGCUGCUGGCUCCCCCCGCACCCCCCACACUGGCCCCAGCCCUGCUGCAGACCCUGGCAGGGGCGGCUGCCCUGGGGGGGCUGCUGCUGCGGGACCCCCCCCACCUGCCCCAUGGCUAUGGGCCCUGCCUGGAUCUCCUUCGGGCCAUCAGCGGGACCAUAAUCUUCUUUGUGGUGGCCCUGGUGGCCUUGGCUUCUUCCCGUGAUGCUUUGGCAGCCACCACCUUCACUUUCAGUCUCAUCCUCUCCUUCCUCUUCGCCCUGGACAGCUUCAUCGCCUACCGCACCAAGGUGGCCUCAGCGGUGGGACGAGGUAGAAGUGGGAUCCUGACAUGGACUCAGCCUAAUUGGAGACCCCCUCAACUUGUUUCCCAUAAUUCCCUGGUGCCCCUUCCCGUAGCCCCACAUCAUAACCCUCUCUGGAUACCCCUUUCAGCCACCAUUUAAACCUCUUCACCACUGAUGUUUCUCCACGGUCAUGUUUUUAUGGGGUGAGGUGGGUGAGGAAAC